UUCAAGUUUCGGAGGAGCCUGUUUGACGAUUUGGCUUUAAACUAGUUUCGCAGCACAGUUUGGUCAAGCUGCUUAUUAGCUGGCAUUGCCAAUUUUUAAACAGGCAGUUCAGUGACUUGAGGUGGACGCAGUGGUCGUUGCGCUGCGCAAUGUCGAUAAAAUCGUUCAACUUGGUGGCAAAGGGUGAGCUGGUACUUCGAUGCUCGUGCCAAGUUCGCUGCAAGAGUCAUUUGUUUUCGCAGGUCCCAAGUGGGGCGUUCGCCACCUGCAGGUGCUGUUCCUCUUCCUGUGCGCCACCUUGAUCGUGGCCCAGUGGUUCAACAUGAGCGUGGCCAUUGUGGCCUUUACGAAUGCCAAUAGCAGUAACCCGAAUUAUCCGGAAUAUCGCCUGACAGAGCCUCAGAAGUCGUACACCAUCAGCAGUCCCUUCUGGGGCUCCUGCUGCACCCAGAUGAUGAGUGGCUAUCUCUCUAGUCGCUUUGGAGCCAAGUUGCUGCUGCUGACCAUCAUGUUUCUCACCGCUCUGCUCAGCAUUGCCACGCCCUUCGCCUUGGCCUGGGGCGGCUGGCAGAUGCUCUUCUGGGUCCGAUUCGUCCAGGGAAUCGCCAUGGGCGGCAUGUGGCCCUGCCUGUACACCCAUCUGGCCAAGUGGUGCCCCAAAAAGGAGGCCAAUCGCAUGGGCGGCGUCAUGACCACUGGCUUGGAUUGUGGGACAAUAAUGGGAUUCGCUUUGAGUGGCGUACUCUCUGUAUCGCCACUUGGGUGGCCCAGCACAUUCUACGUGCCAGGAUACUUGGGCAUCGUGUGGUGUCUUAUUUUCCUGCGAUAUGGCGCCAACAGUCCAUCCGAAUCGAAAUUCAUUUCUCUGGCGGAACGAAAGCAAAUUGAACUGGCCCUAGAGCAGAACCAGGUGAUUCGCGGUGCAGCUCCUCCAGUGCCCUGGCUUCAGAUCCUCACCUCUCGUCCAUUUAUCGUCCUGGCAUUUUGCAAGAUGAGCCAGGCAUGCAGCUUCUUCACGCUGAUGCAACAGAUUCCGCGCUACAUUCAUGGCAUAUUCCACUACAGCAUUGUGAUGAAUGCCCUGCUCUCAGCUCUGCCCUUUGUGGUCAUGCUAAUGUCCUCCUACGGAUUCAUUUUCCUGGCUGAAUACUUGACCCGUCGUCGAGACAUUUCCUUACCCAUCCUACGGAAGACCAUUAAUACCUUUGCCACAUGGACCCCGGCUGUAGCCCUAGUGAUCCUAUCCUACGUCAGCGAUCAGAAUGUGGUGGGCACUAUGUUCUGUCUGAUCGCAGCCACCGCUGCCAUUUCCGGACAGGCCAUUGGCAGUUCCCUUAACCACGUGGACUUGUCGCCAAACUUCGCUGGACUCCUGUUUGGGAUCAGCAACACACUGAUGUCUACGGCUGGUGUGAUAUCACCAAUCGUCAUUGGGCUGACCGUAACCAAUGAGUCGGAUCGCUCGCAAUGGCGAACUAUUUUCCUUGGCAUUUCGGUGAUUCUGUUCCUCGGCAACUUGAUGUACCUAAUCUUUGGUCAAAUGACCGUCCAGUCCUGGAAUGAUUCGCCAUCUAAAGAGACCGGAACAGAAGCAUCACCAAAACCCCAGCGAGCGCCUGCCUUAGCCGCGGAGGAAACGAUAUCCGUCGAGAGAUUUAACUAUUUGUAAAUGUAUAUUUGU